AUCCAACUGGACUCCCACAAGCCCGAUACCAUGUCCGAUGGGGCCACUGCAAAAGCAAAACCUACAGUGCUUGACAAAGAGUCAGCAUCGCGGGCAACGACAAAGGUGGAGACAGCAGGGGUGGCAGGCGGCACCGCGGCGGGUGCUUUGAGCAUGGCAGUGAUCAAGUCUCCUGACCCCGAAGAGCAGAGCACGGCCAUAGCAGCCACAGCCAGCAACGGUCCAGGAGCAGGCAAAACCAACAUAGCCACUGGGGGCACUGCGGGGAACAAGACCAUCCGAAAAGCAGCUGGCCCGUGCUCAGGCAGCCAGAGAGCCACUAGAGAUGGCCAAAAGGAGAAAGGCCACGGCAGCCCGGGGGACAGCAAGCAGGGCACUGCUCACAAAGGCAUCAGCCGUGCUCCCAUCACCAACGAGUCCAGGACCUCGCACAAAUCGGGCAGGAGCUUAUCUACAGCAAGUUCAGGUUCCAUCACCAAGAGACUCAGCAGGAUCGGUUCUUUCUUCAGGAAUGUCAGAGCCAAUCUUACUACAAAGACAGUGGCCUCAUCACGCGAUGAAUAUGUGAGCAUCCCGGCGAAGGCAGUGGAAGGGACCCGAAUGGAGGCCAUCAUAGAGACAGCAGAGAGUGGCCAGGGGCUGGAAAUCACUGGUGGUGUGACAUCUGAGACCAUGGAGCCAGUGACCGUUGAAGGACCUAGAGCUGGGAGCUGCAAAGGGAACCAGGGCUCAGGGAAAUACCCCUGGAGAGCCCAUUUCAGCUUCCUAUGGAAAUUUAAAUAAAAACCCAUACAAUCUGAGAACGCAUGCAGUGUUCUGUCUGAACUUCUAGUUCCCGAAGCCCAGCCGUAGCCUCACAGUGGAUUCUGUGAUGUCAGCUGUGCCACAGUCUGAGACCCAGUGUCCAGUCAAGGGCAGCCCCACCUCACACACAUGCUCAGCGCCAACAGCAGUGCUCCAUCUGGCCUCCACUCCUUUCUGGCUUUGCCCCCCCAGAGCCAUGGCUGAAAGUCAGACUAUGGCCUGUGAAGCUCUCCUUCCCUAUCCCCGUAUUCUUUUUAUAAACGCUUAUUCCCUCUGAAGGUCUGUAAACAAAGCAAGAACAGGACUCAUGUCCCCUCGGGCUACUCAGUGGACAGAAAUAAGGGCAGCAGUAUUGGCUAGCAAUCAGAACAGCAAGCACUCUCAUCUAGACUUAGCCGUUCCCUUCCCAGGUAUAUACCCUGGAGAAACACACAUGUUCUAAGAAACAACUAUGAGAAUGUUUAUAGCAAAAAUAACUUAACAGCAAAACACAGGAAACAGCCCAAAUUUCCAUCAACAGAAUUAAUACAGCAGGAUAUGAAGAGAGUGGAAUAUUCAAUAGUGAAAAAUAAAUGAGCUACACACCUUAGCAUAGAUCAACUUCUCAUGAUUUUUAAAAACAUGAAAAGAAUGGGAUACAAUUCCACUCACGGAACCAUUCUGAAACAAGCUCAAACAAUGUACUGCAUAGGGUACAUGUUUAAAAAAAACUGUAGCUAAAAAUGAGGGAAGAGUAAACACAAAAUUCGGGACAGUUUUCUCUAGGGUGGAAAGGCCAGGUCAAGGAAGUUAACACAAGGCUGUUAGUGCUGCUGGGAAUUGCUCCGUCUCUUAAGCAAGAUGGUAGGUACACAGGUGGUGUAUUUUUCACAUUUUACUAACUCUGAAAUCAGGAUGGUCCCACAAUCACCGUGGCCGUUGUGAUGAAGUUAUUGCCAAUGCCUUUCUCUUUUUUCACUUUUAUUUAUGCACAAAAGUGAUAUCGAAAGGCUUGGCAUCUUUAAAUUACAUUUAUUUAAGGUAAAGUACAAGAACGCUUGUUUGGUUAUUAGGAAAAGAAGG